AUGUCAAUAAGCUCAAAAUCAAUACCAACUUUCAAACAAAUAUACAGAAACAUAUCACAAGAAUUACUCACAUAUGAAAACAAAUCAAUAGCACAAAAAUCCAAAUCAGAGAAUAAAAAAUUAACAACAUAUUAUAAUUAUUUAAAACAAAAUGCAAUCAAAAAUGGUAAAAAACAAGAAAUAGAAGAUCUUAAUAAUAAAUUAAAAUCAUUAGAAUCUAACAAUUCACCCACAAAAAACACUCAAUUAAAAGAUUUAAAUUUAUUACAUAAUAUAAUUGAUGAUAAAUUAGGUAUAAAUAAUUCUUAUGAAUUAAAUAAUUUAAAUAAUGUAUAUACUUAUUUAAAAAGUCAAAGAGAAUAUUUUGAUUUAUUAAUUAGAUAUAAUCCAGGAUUAUUUAUGGAUCAACAAGAAAAUGUUCAAAAAUCUGCUAAUAGAGUUGGAUUAGAUGUUCCACAGUAA